AUGAAUAGACAGGCACAAAUUGCCCACCACAAUAGUGGUCUUGAUGUGAUUACCAUGUUGACCAACUUGAAUUUAAAGCCUAGUACUGAAUCUAUAAUAAUUUAUUUAUCUGCUGUUCUUUUUUCUGUGAUUGGAACCUUGUUGAUCCCUGGCAAGUGGGUUCCGGGAGCUCCACUCAAGGAUAAUUCUAGAGUUUAUUAUAAAACCAAUGGAUUGUUGGUUGUUCUUGUUGGAAGUUUAAUUUAUGGAGCAUUGUGUUAUACUAAUUUCCAAUUUGCUGGUCAAGCUAUCUACACUUUGAUCUGUAAUAGUUUUGGUGAAUUAUUGACAGUCAGUUUGGUAUUCAGUAUCUUGUUGACUACUUUAUUAUAUUUGAGAGGUUUAUUUAUUAUUCCAGAGAAGGAAAGAAACUUCCUUUAUCCAAAGUGGAACAUUCCAAUGAAUUUUUGGUGUGGUGUUGAAUUGAAUCCACACUUUUUCGGAUUUGAAAUUAAGGAAUUCUCAUAUAGACCUGCAUUCUUGAUGAUGUCAGUUUUAAAUUUGAGUUAUGCUUUUGAACAAUAUCGUCUUUAUGGAGCUCUUUCAACAAAUUUAGUGACAUUCCAAGCUAUUAGUUUCUUCUAUACCAUUGAUGCUUUUGUCUUUGAAUAUGGACUUAUUUAUAUGUUUGAUAUUAUUGAAGAAAACUUUGGUUUCAUGUUGGUAUUUGGUGAUUAUUUGUGGAUGCCUUUUGUUUUCACUCUCCAAAACUUGUACCUUGUCAAUGAUUUCAAUGUUAACCACACUCAAACAUUUGUCAAUAUUGCCAUCUUUAUCGUUGGUUAUAUCAUUUUCAGAGGUGCCAACAAUCAAAAGUUUGUCUAUCGUCAAGAUCCAAAACAAGUUUGGUUGGGACUUAUUGAACCAAAGACAUUGGAAACUGCUAGAGAUAGAAAAUUAUUAAUUUCAGGAUUCUGGGGAGUUGCCAGAAAGAUCAAUUAUUUGGGUGAUAUUCUCAUUGCUAUUGCUCAAAGUUUACCAUGUCUUCAAUGUGGUUACUUAUUACCAUGGUUGUAUCCAAUUUACUUGACUGCUCUUCUCUUCCACAGAGCUAUGAGAGACAAUGAAAGAUGUAAGGAAAAGUAUGGUAAAUUCUGGGACGAAUAUUGCAAGAAGGUUAAAUGGGUUAUGAUUCCAGGUGUUUAUUAA